AUGGCAGGUGAGUGGAGUUUUCGUGGCUUUUCUGAUGAUUUGUGGAGGCAAACUGCGCCCCCACAUGGAGAUCAGCCUGCCGCCGCAUGUUCGUUUGUCAUAUUGUGGGGGAGCACGCGUCUUUACGGCUCAUGCGUCUAUUCCUCUAUCUUGUAUUGUUGUGUAGAGCGCGGCAGCUUCGGACGUGGUUUCGGACGUGGGGGAGGGCGUGGUCGUGGACGGGGCCGUGGUAGGGGUCGUGGUGGAGCAGAGGACGACUUGAAGGACUGGGUGCCGAUCACCAAGCUGGGUCGCCUCGUGCGCGAUGGAAAGAUCUCCUCCAUCGAAGAAAUCUACCUCUUCUCUCUGCCCAUCAAGGAAUACCAGGUCAUCGACCACUUCUUCCAGCCCGGCAACUGCGCUGCUCCUCUGAAGGACGAUGUCAUGAAGAUCAUGCCUGUUCAGAAGCAGACCCGCGCCGGUCAGCGAACUCGCUUCAAGGCUUUCGUAGCCGUCGGAGACUCUAACGGUCACUGCGGUCUUGGCGUCAAGUGUGCGAAGGAGGUUGCUACCGCCAUCCGGGGAGCCAUUAUCGCAGCCAAGCUCAGUCUUGUUCCAGUGCGCCGUGGAUACUGGGGCAACAAGAUCGGUGACCCCCACACUGUGCCGAUGAAGGUCUCCGGCCGCUGCGGAUCUGUGCGUGUCCGUCUGAUUCCCGCACCCCGUGGUACCCACAUUGUCGGUGCCCCCACGACCAAGAAGAUUCUGGGUUUUGCUGGCAUUAAGGAUUGCUUCUCCAACUCGAAGGGGUCGACGAAGACAAGGGGCAAUUUCAUGAAGGCGUUGUUCGAUGCCCUGAGCAAGACGUACGGUUACCUGACCCCGGAGCUGUGGGCCCCGACGGUUUACACUAAGUCUCCCUACCAAGAGUGGUCCGACUACUUGGCUCAGACAUCCAAGGACAACACUCUGUCGCGAACAGUCGCGUAG